CCGGGCCGUUCCAACAGCGCGCUGUGCAGCCCGGCUCCCGCCGGCUCCCGCUUGGAGACGCUGGCGCAGGGGCAGCCAGCCUGCUGCCUCGGUUACCAGCGGAAACACAGCCGCCUCGGGUUGCAGGCGCUCCCGCCCUACCCACAGCCCGGACCCAUGGAGCGCUCUCUGCACCGGGUCUCCCUCGGGAGCCGGCGCGCCUACCGCGACCUGUCCUUUUACCUCACCACUUUUGGUCAGCUGAAGCUAUCCAUCGAUGCCCAGGACCGGAUCCUGCUGCUCCACAUCAUUGAAGGCAAAGGCCUGAUGAGCAAAGAGCCCGGAGUCUGUGAUCCCUAUGUGAAGAUAUCUUUGAUCCCUGAAAGUAAUCGAAUACGCUCUCAGAAGACGCAGACCAUUCCAGGUUGCAGAGACCCAGCUUUCCACGAGCACUUCUUCUUCCCUGUGCAAGAGGAGGAUGAUCAGAAGCGUCUUCUGCUUACUGUGUGGAACAGAGCGAGUAAGACCAGGCAGCGUGCGCUCAUUGGCUGCAUGAGCUUUGGAGUGAGGUCCCUCCUGAUUCCGAACAAGGACAUCAGUGGCUGGUACUACCUUCUGGGAGAGGACAUGGGCUGGACCAAGCACUUGAAGGUGACCAGGAGGCGGCUGCGGCCAAUCAGAGACCCGCUCCUGAGAAUGCCAGGAAGUGGAGACCCUGAGAACGGGGAGAGACUCCAGAUCACCAUCCCGAGGGGUGAGGACGGCUUUGGCUUCACUAUCUGCUGCGACUCUCCGGUCCGAGUCCAGGCUGUGGAUUCUGGGGGCCCAGCAGAGCGAGCUGGCCUGCAGCAGCUGGACACGGUGCUGCAACUGAAUGAGAGGCCGGUGGAGCACUGGAAAUGUGUGGAGCUGGCCCACGAGAUCCGGAGCUGCCCUGGAGAGAUCAUCCUGCUCGUGUGGCGCAUGGUCCCCCAGGUCAAGCCAGGGCCAGACGGUGGGGUCCUGCGGCGGGCCUCCUGCAAGUCGACACAUGACCUCCUUUCACCCCCCAACAAGAGGGAGAAGAACUGUACCCAUGGGGCCCAGGCACGGCCUGAGCAGCGACACAGCUGCCACCUGGUGUGUGACAGCUCGGAUGGGCUGCUGCUUGGUGGCUGGGAGCGCUACACCGAGGUGGGCAAGCGCGGAGGCCAGCACACCCUGCCAGCACUGUCCCGUGCCACCACCCCCACCGACCCCAACUACAUCAUCCUGGCCCCGCUGAACCCUGGGAGCCAGCUGCUGCGGCCUGUGUACCAGGAGGAUACCAUCCCUGAAGAAUCAGGGAGUCCCACAAAAGGGAAGUCCUAUGCAGGCCUGGGGAAGAAGUCGCGGCUGAUGAAGACUGUGCAGACAGUAAAGGGCCGAGGGAACUACCAGGACUGCUCGCUCCUGAGGCCGCACGUCCCGCACUCAAGCUAUGGCACCUACGUCACCCUGGCCCCCAAAGUCUUGGUGUUCCCGGUCUUUGUUCAGCCCUUAGAUCUCUGCAACCCUGCCCGGACCCUCCUGUUGUCAGAAGAGCUGCUGCUGUACGAAGGGAGGAACAGGGCUACCCAGGUGACACUGUUUGCCUACUCGGAUCUGCUGCUCUUCACCAAGGAGGAUGAGCCUGGACGCUGCAACGUCCUGAGGAACCCCCUCUAUCUCCAGAGCGUCAAGCUGCAGGAAGGUUCUUCAGGAGACUUGAAAUUCUGCUUGCUGUAUCUAGCAGAGAAGGCAGAGUGCUUAUUCACUUUGGAGGCACACUCGCAGGAGCAGAAGAAGAGAGUGUGCUGGUGCCUGUCGGAGAACAUCGUGAAGCAGCAACAGCUGGCAGCCUCACCUCCCAAGAGGAAGAAACUCCACCCUUACGGCUCUCUCCAGCAGGAGAUGGGGCCGGCCAACUCCACCAAUGCUACCCAGGAUAGAAGCUUUACCUCAUCAGGACAGACUCUGAUUGGCUGAGUAAGCCCAAGGGCGGGACUCUGCUUCUGGCAACUUAACCCUUUCUGGGGCGUCCCCUACCACACAGUAACCUCACUGCAACUGGACCCGAAGCGGAGGACCAAGAUGGUGGGCCUAGGGUCAUCUUCAGGGAGUGGUCCUGAGAGUGUGUGUGGACUGGCAACAGGAGGAGCAGUGGUGUGAGAGGCCGUGUGGGCAUGUGCAGACUGGCAGCAGGAAGUUCCUGAUGCAGAAGACUCAGAAACUUGUUCCCUCCAAGGAGAAGGAAGCUAAAUGGCAUCUGGACACCCACCUUGGGGGCAGCAGGAGACUGGGAGAGGUCACCCUGAUGGAGAACAAUGCCGUGACCUGGGUUGCCGAAGAUAUCUCCGCCCAUUCACUCAUUCUUCAUCUGGGCACAUUCAUUUGUUCAUCCGUGGAUAUCUGAAGGCAUCUCUUUCGUGGUGGGCUCUGUGCUAGGAGCUUGGGGAUACUUUGGAGAACCAGAUGGACAUGGCUUUUGCUCUCAUCAAGAUUCCAGUCCUAGUAGGGAGUGAGCAUUAAAUAAAUCAACACCAGCACUCACGUGAUCAUACCCUGGGAGAGGUUGUGCAGGAACAGAGCAAAUGCCUUUAGAGGACAUUAUAUCUAGAUUGCUCCAUGUAGGGGUGCAGCUAGGGAAGGACAUAGCUGAGACCUUCGGGCUGGAAAGGAGCAAGCCAGCCAAGGACUUGGGAGAGAGCGUUCCAGGUAGAUGGGACAGCGUGCAAGAGUUCCUGAGAUGGGAAGGAGCGUGGCAUGCUGGAGAAGCCAGGAGAGGCCAGUGUGGCUACAACCCAGUGAGGAGGGAGGAAGGAAGGCCAGGCUGUAUCGGACUCAGGAAGUGAAUGUUUUGUUAAUUUCAUUAUAGAUGAAGUGGGGAUCCAUGGAAGGCCUUUGAGGGAGUGAUACAUGCUCAGGAACAUUUCUACAAGAUCUGAUGGCAGAUAGGAGGGGAUCAAGUAGGCAUGGGACUGUUAGGCAACCCCUCGGUCCAUCACCUAUAGGGUGAUGGCCUUAUCCUGGAGUGGGGCUGGGGUGUUGGGCAUGUGAAUGUCGGACUCUGGGAUGAGAAGAGAUGAUUCCCUUCUCUGUUCUACCAUCUGCCCUCAUCCUCCACCUAGUCUUGCUGCCUUGGUGGUUGUGAGUGAGACCUGGGGCCUCCUUCACAGAGCUGUUUCUGGCCAGGCCUGAGCUAGGGACCAGUGCUGAGUUCCUGGAGAGUCCCUGGAGUUGGGGGUGCUGAGUACUCAACCUGGUUCCUGGGCCUCUGCAAGAGCUACCUGUGCUGCCUCUCCCUGCUGUGCUGGGCUGUCUGACAGAGAGCUGGAACUCAGUGCUCUGACAACUGACUGGGUUUUCUUUCUGUGGGGCUCUUAAGGGUCAGGGACCGGGACUGGGUAUGGCUCAGCAACUCCUGUGGAAAGCAUCUUGCCUCAAGGUGACAGGAAGACCUACCAAGGGCAGGGGCUGAGAGCCCAACCCACUUGCUGCCUGCUGUAGCCUUAGCUAAAACUCGGGGUUGGGCAGUUCUUAUACCUUUUCUAACUGCUAAGACUUAGGAGAAGGGAAGCCCACAGUUACAGAUCUGAGAGACAUGGUUCGUGUACAAAAGGGGUCUACAUGACGGGGUCGUUCGCAUAGGCAAAGAGGCCAGAGAGGCUGGAAAGACGGUUUAGGCCAGAGAAGCCCGUGGUCAUAGACAUGCUCUGUGUUGUGUAAGACCUUAGUGUCUUUAGAGAAGGUUUUUGUAUCCUUGUGAGUUUGCUCAGCUGCUGUGGCCAGCUGAACCCCCCAAAUGGUGCCAUAGGAGAGAAUAUGUUUCUUACCUUCCACGUGGGAAAGAUCAGGCACGUUGGUACAACUGUCUAGCAGGGGAUGGGAUGGCUCCACUGGUGACCAGGCUGAUGCCUCUGCCCAGAAGGAGACAGAUGCUGCCUGGAUAAGGACAAGUGCUUCACAGCAUCUCUGCACACCAGGGCUCGGCCCACAGGGUGAAUUUGAGCAGCUGAGCAGCUGGGUCUGCAGAGACAGCAAGCUGCACUUUGAUUUCAUUUGGUUCUCUUACAAAAUGACAUUAAGGGGAAUGCGAGGCACAGGAGAAUCAUGUGUCUGGGGAGGCAGUGAGCUUGUCUGUCCUGGGCCUGGUGACCUGCUUCUGUCCAGCAGACAGGUUUAGAGCACAGGCACUCUGGCCUCAAAGAAAAGGAGAUUCUGAAUGCAGCAGCCAUCCCUGGGGACAGGACUUUCCUCCCAGCUGGUCCUGACAGUCUGCCGAGUGGACCAUACCCUCUCAUCAAGGUCCCAGGCCGGCCAGCUGGUGGAGAGGUGGACAUGCGCUCCUGCUGGGCCCUGGGCUGGUCUGCCCCACCACUGUGGUGAGCCACAGCACCAUUGCUGCUCUGCCUCGUGAAUCAGUGCAACUUUUAAUUUGGCUCCACUGGCUCGUGAAGAUGAAAUAUGACCUGGUGGCCACUGCUCUGCAGCAUCCGGGGCCAUCCCAGCUGUUCGAGAUGAUGAACAAGCUAUCGCAAUUGUAUCUGAGAGUCAUAAUCACGGGAAACACGGUCAGGCCCCGCCCCACCACAUAAAUCACACGAAGAAGCACACAAUGGCCUUUUUCCUGAUGGGCCAAUUGUCUUGAUUUGGUGUCUCAGGGCCUCGGAGCUGGGAGGGUGGGAGAACAACUAUGUAUUGUCAAAAAGGCCAUCUGUGCAAUUCGAAUACAAAGUGGCUCAUUUAGUUCCCCACACACCCUCUGAUCCUGUUUUCAUGUGUCUUAUGUCUCAGGCUCUGAGCCUCUUGAAACACUUGUCUCUCCUCUGUGCUGUCAUGCCUGAGUCUUUUGGCCUUUCGGCAGUUGGGACAACAUGGACCCUUUGGAAAUAAUGAUA